AUGAAAAACAUCUCUAAGCCUUCUCGGAAACUUUCAACGAAGCUAUAUUAUGAACGCAAUCGCAAGAACCUUUUAGAGAGUGCAAGGGCUCGUGUAGCUGCGAAUCGAGCACGGAAAGCAGCGGAAAGCACACCUGAAGAGCACGCAUCUGACAAGCAGGCCGCUCUGGCGUCCCAAGCCAAAUAUCGUGAGGCUAACCGCGAGGCUUUGCGCCAAAAGGAAGCACGCCGGAGACUGAUGCGGAAGCUUCGUGAACAUGGCUUCUUCGAUUCUCCGGAGAACGACGACAACUACAGCGAGUACGAGUACUCAAGUGAAGCAGAGUCCAGCGCUGCCAGCGACAGCGAAGAGGACUGGGAGUCUGAACAGAAAGAUAACCCUCGAACGUCUGGCCUCCACACGGACACUCGAGGUUCAGGUGGAUACCGACAAAACCCAAUCUGGGAUCUUCUGAAGCCCCGCGGCAAGAAUAAAACUUCGCUAGACGAUACCCGCGAAGUGAUGCGCGGUAUCACGAGCCCUUCCCUUUAG